AGUAGCUUGAUGAGUCAGACAUGAGUCAUCUUCUGGUAAAACAAAUCCAACAUACCUCUCUCUCCACCCUUCGCAUCUAACCAAUCUCUCUCUCGCAACCACAACACAGACAGCUGGAUCCACCACCACGCGCGCACCUCCACUCUCUUUCUCUACGCGCCGACACCAUCUUCCUUCCACCUCUCAGAUCCGCUCCUUCUCCUAAGUCCACACAGUUUUCCUGCUUUACGAGCUGCUUCAAACUCAGUUUCAACUCCGUUCGAGUAAGAACUGAGUUUGGUAAAUAAAUAAAGAAAGAAAUGGUGGUGUGAAGAUAUAGUAAGGGUUGUUUGUUUACAAGUGGAACAAUAGGGUUUUGGUGUUUUUAACUGUAGAAUUAUGGCGAUGGAGAGUGGGAGCUGGAAAGAGUCGUACAAGGGGAUGUCGGCUGAUAAUAUUAAGGGAUUAGUGUUGGCACUGUCUUCCAGCGUCUUUAUUGGUGCCAGUUUCAUUGUCAAGAAGAAGGGCUUGAAGAAAGCUGGGGCCUCCGGUAUCAGGGCAGGAAGUGGAGGUUAUACUUACUUAUAUGAACCGCUCUGGUGGGUGGGCAUGAUAACAAUGAUUGUUGGGGAAAUUGCUAAUUUUGCAGCUUAUGCAUUUGCACCAGCUAUCCUGGUCACUCCUCUUGGUGCUCUCAGCAUUAUUAUAAGUGCUGCUCUUGCACAUAUCAUAUUACGAGAGAAAUUGCAUAUUUUUGGAAUUCUUGGUUGUGUUCUUUGUGUUGUGGGUUCUACAACAAUUGUGCUGCAUGCUCCUCAAGAACGUGAGAUUGAAUCCGUGAAAGAAGUUUGGGAUCUCGCUACAGAGCCUGCCUUUCUGUUCUAUGCUGCUUUGGUCAUAGCAGCUGUAUUCAUUCUCAUAUUCCACUUUAUCCCUGACUAUGGCCAGACGCAUAUAAUGGUUUACAUUGGUGUUUGUUCUCUCGUAGGCUCCUUGUCGGUCAUGAGUGUUAAAGCGCUUGGAAUUGCGUUGAAGCUGACACUGUCAGGAACGAAUCAGCUAAUAUAUCCGCAAACAUGGGUCUUUGCCUUUGUUGUAAUUACUUGUGUGCUUACCCAAAUGAAUUAUUUGAACAAGGCGCUUGAUACUUUCAACACUGCUGUUGUUUCUCCUAUAUACUAUGUUAUGUUUACAUCACUUACAAUUUUGGCAAGUGUAAUCAUGUUCAAGGAUUGGGAUAGGCAGAGUCCAACUCAAAUAGUCACCGAAAUGUGUGGGUUCAUGACUAUACUUUCAGGAACGUUUCUUCUUCACAAGACGAAGGAUAUGGCUGAUGGAUCUCCAUCUCUACCCGUGCGACUCUCCAAGCACACAGAGGAGGAUGGCUUUGGUACUGAGGGCAUUCCUCUUAGGCGGCAGGAUUCAUCGAGAGCACCAUAAAAUUCAUUUUUUGCUUGAGCUCGUUUCUUCAAUCACACCUCUUUCGGGGAGGGAGUGAAAAAAAAAAAAAAGCUCAAGGCACCAUCACCUGUCCAUUGUUGAGUCCAUUUUCGUUUUGUUAUACAUUACAGUAAGAAGGGAAGGUGAAAAUUUUCUCUUCAUUAAACCCUUUUUAGGUGAGAGAGUGCAUCAGCUGUUGCCUUGUUUACAGCUCCCCGUAUUCAUACAGAAAGAACUGGCCAAUGUGAUUUUGGAUAGCAUUGGUAAUAGUGUAUCAUUCUUCCAAUUUUCCCAAGAAAGAAUCUUCAGCUUC